UUCCUUUUUCCGAUAGCAGGGCAGGCAGAAUAAACGUGCAUCCAUCAUAGCAUCUUUGCAUCAUGGACGUCCCGCGUUUCAGAAUCAGAUGGAUAUCCUUGGAUUAAUCAGCUUAUAAGACGAUAACAAUCGAUAUUCAAAAACAUCUGGCGAUAUCAGACAAUCAUAAGCGCGCUUUGACUAGCCGCGCGAAUUGCUGUCAAGUUGGCACUUGAAUACCAACUGAACUUUCAACUCCGGUGGGCGGGAACAAGGAGCUAAAUGCGUACUUCAAGAAAACCGCGUCGAGUGUUUACUCCUGUUUCGACAAAUUGACCACAUCAACGGGUCCUUGGACGGAUGAUGGGUGUUUUACAAGAUUGUACCGGUUUUGAUGGCAAGCUCCACAUCCGAUCUCCACCGAUCACGUGAUUCCCUUUUGGGUGUCUACUGAUGAAGCUCGACAAACAACACACAGCUGACUGUUUCAUCAAACACACACACUAACAUAGUGUGGCGAAAUGAGGCUGACUGUGAGUGUUGCUUUCUGGGGUGCCUUGCUGUGCUGCUUUAUUGGAUGGGUCACCGGUCAGGGCUACGCAUAUGGCCCACCGUCCUGCCCGCUGCUGGCAAAUUGUAAAUGCCGGUUCCCGUGGGGCCGGGGAUUUGAUUUGUCGAAUCUCACCACAAUCAACGUCACUCUCUCCAGCGUAAACAUUAGCAGCGGUGACACUGUGAUUUUCAACCCCUGUCCAUCAAGUCAGGCCUUGAACAACUCUUGUCCUCAAAAUGCAGCUAUCUGUAAAGUGUCUUCUGACGGAAACACGACGCAUAUUCUUGGAUUUCAUGAAAAUGCCACCAUCAGCACUGUUGGCGCCAACACUUUAGUUCAAUACUCGUAUACCGAUGAUGAUAAUUCUUCAAAAAGCACGAGCGUCAAGUUGAUUUGUGCGUACAACGGCGAGGCUACGACCCUAACUGAGGAUCCAACAGUGCCAGGAGGACUGAUCCUGACGUCAAAAGAAGUUUGCUCGACUGACGUUCCGGAUGAAGCAAAUGAAGACGAAUUGUCCUCUGGCGCCACUUUCCUGUUCAUCUUCUUUAGCCUGUUCGCCGCCUACUUCUUCGGCGGCAUGGCCAUUCUCAAGUACAUCAAAGGCGCUCAGGGUGUUGAAAUGAUUCCAAACCACGAGUUUUGGACGAGCUUGCCCUCCCUUGUCAAGGACGGCUUCUACUUCGCCAUGUCCGGAUGCAGAGGUUCACCGAGCUACGACAGAAUCUGAGAGUUGACACUCGUAAAAUUGUCCGGUGUUGGAUUACUAACAAGUACAGACUGUACGUCGAGAUUUUUAGGGAUAUUUACUUACUAACAGUGAUAAGGAGAGCUCGAAUAAUCAAAUGAAAGCAGGAUCCUGUAAUUUGUGCUGUGUUCACAUCUGAUAUACAUAUAUAUUUACUACAAUUAAAAUUAAAGGUAUAUUUUAGUAGGAAAA